GCACGACAGAUUGAAAUCCAUACCGUCUCGCUCUUAGGCCCGUCAAUUUAGUUCAAGGCUAGUACACAUGGCGCCCCUUAAGACGGAGAUAGACUUCCCCGCAAUCCGUGCCUGUAUCUUCGACAUGGAUGGGCUUCUCAUCAACACCGAAGACAUAAUUACUCUGUCUUUGAAUCAGCUUCUUGAAAAAUACGGAAGGCCUAGACUUACUUCGUCAAUUCGAGCCCUGCUUAUGGGUGUCCCAGAUUCGACAAACGGCGAUGUGUUCCACAACUGGGUCAAGCUGCCCAUCUCGCACGAGCAAUUUGCUCGCGAAUCGAAGGAACAAAUGCGACUGGAUUUUCCGAACUGUAAGCCACUACCUGGCGCGGAGAAAAUUCUGUCGAACCUCAGCCUCUUCGAAGAUAGCGUGGCUGGAGUAGAGGCUGGAAGACGGGCUGGAAUGAGAGUUGGUUGGGUACUGCAUCCUGAUGUGGUCGUCGAGUAUCAAGCAAGGCAUGAGGAUGUGCGGGCUGGAAGGACAGGAAUGUUUGAGAUCGGUGAUAACUGGCCGCUAGGAGACAUUAAUGAUGGCUUUGCUGAAAGUAUAUCGAAUCUGGACCAGUUCAAUUACGAGAAGUAUGGCAUCGAAUGUCGUACUUGAAAUCUUCAUCGAGGUUCCAAAAGACCAGUAUCUCCUCCCACAGCAUAGCGCAUGGGAAACGUAUCCUCCGAUGUGAAAGAAAUACAGAUGUAGGU